CUUCUAUCCUACUCUCCGUGCACCAGGAGUUGAGUAAGACGACUUCAUAACUUCGAAAAUUUCUGGCAGUAAAGAAGUUGAUGAAAGAACACCAACAGCUGAAUAUAUCAAAUGGUGUUUGCAUUAUAGUAGGUUUAAUGAAGGUCUUCAGGGAAGCAAAAUUUUUUAUCAUUAGGAAACCUGCCUCUAUUUACAUGUUUAUGUGUGUGCACUAAUCUAAUUGUAUAUAUAUUUUCUUCCCAGCCGAGAUGAUAUACGUGGUACCAUGCAGUCGCUCAUGUAUUCCUACAACCAGUUGGACAACAAAUUGGAACGGCACGAACAUCGUGAAAGUGCGCUUGGCGAAUUACUAAAGAAAGCUUUACAGAGUCUACAGAAAGGGCAAAAGAAUCUCGAACCGCUUAAUGGUAUAUUUGGGCGUCUAGACGAGCGAGUCAGCCAAAUUGAAACUAUGUUGAUAACGCAAGAAGAAAAGUACAAUAUUCAAACUGAAAAGCUCGGCGAAACACUGGAGCACAUCUUCAAAUGGAUCAAAUGGAUGCGUGAGAAUGAUGAAUACUACAAGCGACCAACAAUGCCGCUAGGUGGCCAAGCAAUCGCUCCAUCGGCGCCCAUCAUUCAAGCACCAGCAGUGUCGCCAGAGUUUAUUGCCGAACAGGAGAAAAUUAAUCGAAAUAUGCUCGAGCAUAUAGAAAAAUUAUCCUCGAAUGUCGAAAAACUGCUGGACGCCUCCAAGAAUAUGAUGGAGCAGACCGAGGUAGCAUUUAAGAGUGUACCAUCCACUGCAGAAAUGCUAACCAAAAUUGAAGACAAGCUGGUGAGCUAUAGUGUGAUAACGCCAGCGCCAGCGCCAGAGCCGGUGGAUAACUCCAAAUUCGAGAACAAAGUUUUGGGGAAAUUAGACGAGCUGGCAACUGGCAUACAAGAACUACGCGCGCAACCCAAGCCCCAUGAAGGACUGUCGGAGGCAGACAAAGAAUUAAUACAUGGACUGACGAACGAUACGCUCGCUGCGAUCGAAAAUAUGAAGACCAAUGUGCAGAGUUUGACAGAACAAGCGCAAGCUGGCACAGCCUCACUCAUCAAGGAGACCGAGCAAAGUCUUGAGACUGGUGCUGCUAAAAUUUUGGAAGGCGUUACCGAGCAGGCCGACACGCUCGAGAAGUUCUACAACGAAAUGAACACUAGCUACAGCAAGUUGAACGAUGGCCUCGAGAUCUUCAGCAAAUUCAAUAACAUUCUGAUGGCCAACUCCGAAUACCUUUUAGACACGCAACGCAAGGUCGAAUUUGGCACCUUACAGACAGUGCAAAAGAUCAACGAUCUGCUUGACAAACAACGAGAAGAGAUCGUCGAUUUGCUGAAGGGACGCUUCGACGCUGUGGACGAGAACGUAAUUACUGGACAAAUCGAAACCAUGCAGAAUCUCAGUUCGACUAUCGAAAGCGAAAUCAGCCACGUCUGGCGGCAAAUUUCCAUUAUGAAUGCCGAGAUCACCGACAACAAGGAUCUGCUUAGCCUAAUGCAGGGACGUAAUGAGG